CGUCGAGCAACACGAAAGUUAGUCAUAAUAGAAUGAGGUUCAACUUGGUACGGUCGUAUUCAGUGUGAAAUGACUCUCUUGUGUGACAAAAUCAUCUUAAAAUCCGUGUGUCUUCAUAAGACUUAAUCACAGUACUUCCAUAUUGCUGAAUUAUCGCGAAAAGUGAGUGAAUUGGAGAGAACUAUUCAGCAUUUUUCCGUGAUUUGCUCACCAUAGUGUUUGUCGUGGACAACCCAACGAAAGUGCCACUCCGCAAAGUGCUUUUUUUCAUUCUUUCUGCCUCUUCUCAAUCGUCCGAUAACUUGAUUCAUAUAUACCGAGAGAGGUUUUUUUCGACGUGCCUUCUUUUUCCAUUGCGAUCGCGUGUGUGAGAGUGAGAAGCUUUCAAAAAGACAGAGAAGGACAUCUCGCAAUGGCGCACGGUCUAUCUCCACUUGUAAAACGUGAAAUUGAGUGCAAACCCUCGACAAUGCCGUCCUCGGGAUCAGGAUCAAAUUCACCGGUCACCGCCAAGAGCGUCACGUUGAGUGGUGCAACGAAAAUGGGUUCGAGACGAAUUUUCACGCCACAAUUUAAGCUGCAAGUGCUCGAUUCAUAUCGCAAAGAUCACGAUUGCAAGGGCAAUCAGAGGGCUACGGCACGAAAGUAUGGUAUUCAUCGGAGGCAGAUCCAGAAGUGGCUUCAGUGUGAGUCGAAUCUACGAACGUGCGUUAUGCAGGGGGGCGCUGCUGGCGCCAGAGGUGGCAGCGCCACAUCGGCUAUUCGUGACUACGCUGAGGCAAGUGUGGUACCGUCCUUGGAUAUUGGUAGACAUAGUGUCGUCACUCUCGGUUUCUCCAGCUCCACAAGUGCUCCGUACGCAGGAAAUACGGACACUAACCAUGACUCCUCAUCCUCAAGUGUAUCAAACUCCCCUGUACCCACAAUUGCUCCAGUGACGCCUCCAAUGUAUUCACAACAUAUAAUCCCAUAUGGCAUGCCACCAUCUUCUAGUUUUGUGCCAUACCAUCGUGAAAUCCGACUAGAGGAACCUAUUGACUUAUCUAUGGCACACAGAGUACGCAAUGAACCAUCAGAUGCCCGAGUUCCAGCCGUUAAAUGUGAAUGGCGUCAUGAUGAUACGAAUCCUGCUACCUUAACGAGCGUAUCAAGUCCACCCCCAGUUGACUUAUCGUGUCGCAACAAAAGGAAGUUUUCAACAUGCUGUUCGUCCGUUGCAUCAAGCUCAUCAUCGACAUCAUCCUCACCCUCACCAAACGCCGUGACGCCGCCAAAAGUUGUAAAACUUUUCAAACCAUACCUCGAUAGCGACGGCGAAGAUGAGGCGUCGAGUGCCUGUGAUGAUGUGGGAGACUUUAAAAAAAGUCCCACUGCUACAAAUGAUCCAAUCAUCUGGAGUCAUCAUCCAUGCUUGUCGCCACUACUAUAUGAGAACAACAAUAUCUACGCCUACGACUACAACUUCUACCCGAGCCCACCGUAUCACAACAUGGCGGCUCAAUGUGCGCCUCCACCACCGACAUACGGUGACUACAUGUUCAGCAGCUGGUCACCUGUCGAUGGCGCAUAUAGUUCGGGAUCGGAAUCCGGGGAGUGGUCAUCGCCUCACGUGAGUACUCAGCACUCAUAUAGCGUGGACUUCAAGUUAAAGGCCAUCGAGACCUACUACCAUCAGGAUGUAUCCUGCCGUGCGGACCAAUGUGGUGCUCAUGGCAGAUACGCAAAGUCUCAUCAACAGAUGGAUAAAUGGUUGAAGCAGGAGGAUGACCUCAGGCAGUAAUUUGCCGUCGGUACUCCUUUGCACGGGCCUCCAGAGUCUCUUCAGGUACACAAUAAGACAAAUAUUUAGGCAGCAUAAACCCUCCCAGUUACUAUUUCCCAUCUUAUAACCAAUUUUAGCAAUCUAUACUAGGAUUUAUGAGAAUGGCUUUAAAUCUCAUAGGAUUUGUAACUAUUACAUUAUUUUUUUUUCACUCAUCGCCUCAAGAAGUAACAUAAGCUUAAAGAAUGUCUUUUGUUUCAACAAAAAUUUGUUGAGAGGAAAAUGUUUAUUUUUUUAUGGAGAAAAUGUGAUAUUUUCCUUACAAAAUAUAAAAUCGGUUAGAAAAAUAGAAAUGAGUCAACCCUUGCACCUGCUGAUCUCAAUUUCUCUAUGUAGAAAUAAUUCUUUUAUAUUCGCAACUUAUUGAAAUUGAUUAGCAGGUGAAAAAUUGAAGGUGACGCAAUUUGUACAGAUAAAAUUUUAUCAGAUUGAGAAAAAUGCGAAAUUUCCAAGAAAAUUCAUAAUACAAUGGGGCUAUAAAGUGUUGAUAAAUCCAUCGAUUCGAUUUUUUCGAGACAUUUUGGUAUAUUGUAGAAGUCUGUCCUAAAAAAAUGAGUUUGCAAAAAGAUAUUUGCUUUGGAAUUUAGUCAAAAAGGGAGUAAUUGUGAGAUCACGCCAAAUUUAUUCGCGGUUUGUCUGUCUGCAGAUCCGGAAAUUCUUGACAAUCUCCAAAGAUUGCGUAAACCACAUCCCGUAGAAUUUUUGAAAAAUCAUAUGGACAGUAUGAGAUGAUGAGAAUCAUCUAAAAAAAACAUGUAGUUUUUCAAAGAAUGGGGGAUCAUAAGGGAAAUUGCGGUUUCUCAAGAAACCGAACCAAUUUUCCCACAUGCCGUGCAAGAACCCUGAGAACUUGAGGAUAAAAAAAAAUCACGUAGCAUGAGAGAAAAUUUUGAGAUCCUUCCCAGAAUCACCUGUCUCACCUGAAAAAUCUCAAAAUCUCACCCUCUUUCUCACUGCGAAAGUGCAAUAAGUUACACUCUCAAGGGGGCCACGGAGAAGGUGAGGCCAGACGUACAGAAAGAGGCGUCGACGAAAAUUAUGUAAAUUCUGCAAGUUAAGGCAUUACACAGAGGUGAAACAGAAAAUGUGCGUGCCUGGUGACAAAGAACAUUUUUUCGAAGGUAACACAGGUGUUUCUCUCAAAAGAGGGAGAGCCUAUGGAGAGUGUUGCUUAGAAUUCUCAUGCCGCCUCGUGAAACUUGUCCUCAAAUAUAUAUCUUUUUGCUGACUAAAAACAGGUACGAGACAAUUUUUCAAUUUUAUUUCCCGUCCAUUUUUGGCAGGACUGAACAUUAUUCUGACGAGCAACAAGUGCUCCCAGGUGUUCAUUAGAUUUCAUCACAUGGUGUGUGAUUUGCAUAAAUAUGAAUUUUCUCGGGAAGCAUUUUAGAGGGUUGAUUUCUCAUUAAAAAAUAUAUAUAUAAACUAAAAUAACAAAAAAAAAACAAUGAUCUCCAAUGUAAAUUUUGGGAGAUUUUUUCUCUGUAGAAAAGAUUCUUUAAUAUAUUGUAUAGUAAUAGAGUUAAUAAUCAAAAUAUCAUGUGCCUUUUACUGUAAAUUCAAGUGCCAAUAAUUUUACAACUUAUUUAAGAUUUUUUUGUUUUAAGAAAAUAAAAAUACUGUAAUGAUAUUUUAAGAAAAAAAGGAGAAAAAAAAUAUAUUUUAGGAAUUUUAUGACAAAUUGUACAAUCCUAUAUCCAAUGUUAUAAUGUACAACACUAUUUUUAGAGAAAAUAUUGUAAAUGAGAAGAAAUUUAUGAAAAUGCAAAAGGUGUAAAUAAAUAAAAAUAAUUAAAAAUCAUAGAAAA